CUUCGAAAAAAAAUUCUGAAAAUUUCAACAAGUUUUUGUUGAUUUUGUUUUUGAUUUUGAAAAAAAAAUGGAAACAAAUGAAAAUCCGGUGGAAUCCAGGACAUCAAUGCCGCUGCCGCUGUUGAUAUUGUACACCCAGAAUGGAUCGAUUCCAUUUUUAAGCUGGAAUUUCAUUCACCAAUUCAACAAUGAAAUAUUGUUUCAUUCGAAAAAUGAUGAUGAAGAAAUUAAUUUUGUUAAAUUAAAUGUUGGUGAUUUUUUCGAUUAUCUUGAUGAAUCUGGCGGCGAUCAUCGAUUAUCAUCAAUGAAAUAUUUUAAAAAUUGUUCAUUCAUUUUGUCAUUAUUUGAUCCAUUAAGAAAUUCAAAAGAUUUUUAUAAAAGUAAUGAUCAAAAAAUUGCAAUUGAAACUUAUCAGGGUAAAAAAAUGCUUUCAGUUGAUGAUAUGCUUAAACUAAGUCGUACGAUUGGUGUUGAUCAUGUUCAAUCUUUAGCAGAUAUUAUAACACCACCGAUUGCCGGACGUAAAUGGACAAAUAAAUCGGUUGAUAGAUCGAAUAAAUUUCUUGAUGAAAUUAUUUCACAACAACAACAAAAAGAAGAUUCCGGUAAUAAAAUAAAACUUUGGGCAACCGUAACCGGUGGUUUUCAACAUGAAAGUCGUUAUCGUUCUUGUCAGAAAAUUUCUCAAUAUUCCGAUUGUUUGCAGGCAAUAAUUAUUGAUGGUUUUUUCGGUUAUAAAACCGAUGGCCAAGAUAAUGAUGAUGAUUUGGAAGAAAACCUUGAUAAUUUUCAACAAAUAUUAACCGGGGAUAUUAUUCCAAAUUUACCAGAACAAAUACCAAAAGUAUUAUUUGGUUGUUUUUAUCCGGAUACAAUCAUACGGUUAAUCCGUUCAGGAAUACAAAUAUUUGAUAGUUCAAUAUGUACAUUGUUGACCAAUAGAGGUCGUGCACUGCCAUCACCAUUGAUUUCGAAUGUUGAACCAAAAUUAUUAUUCGAACGGUCAACCGAAAUGAUCAACGACGACGAUCCAAAUCCAUCGAUAAUUCUUGAUUUGAAUAAUAUUUCCUUUAAAAAUAGUGACCGAUUAAUAAGUAACAAAUGUAAAUGUUAUACAUGUAACAAAGGUUUUACACGUUCUUAUAUUAAUCAUCUAUUGAAACGUAAUGAAAUUAAUUCAAGGAUUUUAUUACAAAUUCAUAAUCAUUAUGUUUUAACGGAAUUUUUCAGCCGAAUUCGUUUGAUAAUUAUUGAUGGAUACUUUGAUCAAUUACUAGUCAAUAGUAAUGUUUUGGAUGAUAAAUUUAGUCAACCACAACCACCACCAUCAUCAACGACGACAACAAUGACAUCAUUACCGAACGGCAAAUAAAUUCAAUUAUCAUCAACAACAACAAAAAAAUGACCGAAAAACGACUGACCAAAUGAUCAUCAUGUUGUUUGAUUUGAUAUAGGUCGAUGGGUAAAAUUUACUUCGCUUGACAACCACAAUUAAUCAUAAUGAUGAUCA